AUGGCUACCAUCAAUAUUCGCAGCGAUGUGAAGGAUCCUUUCUAUCGCUACAAGAUGGAGAGGCUCCAGUCCAAGAUUGAAGGCAAGGGCAACGGUAUCAAAACUGUCAUUGUCAACCUCAGCAGCGUCGCCCAGUCCUUGGCACGCCCUGGAGCCUAUGUAAUCAAGUAUUUCGGUUUCGAACUCGGUGCCCAGACCAACACGAACCCUGCCGACGACCGUUGGAUUAUCAACGGUGCCCAUGAAGCUUCCAAGUUGCAAGACUACCUUGACGGGUUCAUCAACAAGUUCGUUCUCUGCAAGAAAUGCAAGAAUCCCGAGACCGAUGUAGUCAUCAAGGACGGACGUAUUCUCCUUGAUUGUAAAGCCUGUGGUCAGCGUUCAGACGUGGACCUGCGCCUCAAACUUAGUGGCUUUAUCCUCAAGAAUCAGCCAAAGAAGGGCAAGAAGGACAAGUCUGAGAAGAAGGCUGCCCGGAAGGCUAAGCAAAAUGGCAACGGCAACGCUGAUGCAGAGGAGAAUGGACAUGACGAUGGAAGCGAGAACAACUCCCAGAAUGGGUCCAACGGUGAUAACGGUGAUGUGGGUAACGAGGCAAACAGCGACGACGAACUUACCCGACGCAUCAAAGCCGGUGCCGAUGAGCUCGACGAGCCUGUUGAGGUCAAAGACGAUGAGUGGACUGUUGAUAUGUCUGCCGAAGCUGUGAAAGCUCGUCAGCAGCAGCUCCCGGAUGAUCUUAAGCAGAAGCUUGUACUCGGUGGCGACGAUGACGAUGAGGAUGGCGAAGGUGGUGGCAACUCUACCUACGACCAGCUCGGAAACUGGAUCACCAGCGAAGCAGAGGAGAAAGGAAGUGUCGACAACGUCGAUGAUGUGGCAAUCUACCUCAAGGCUAAGGAGCUCGGCAUUGAGACCAAGCAUCGAACUCUGCUCGUCUUGGUUCAGACAAUCUUCGAUGACAAUAUUGUCAAACAGGUUCCAAAGCGCGCUUCCAUGCUCAAGAGCAUGAUCACAUCCGAGAAACAUCAAAAGGCUCUCCUUGGAGGCAUCGAGCGGUUUAUUGGUCUCCGAGGUCAGAAGGACGCUGCAUUCUACGACCAAACUUCGAAGAUCCUUGCAAUCCUGUACAACGAGGAUAUCCUUCCUGAAGAUGUCAUCACCAAAUGGGGCACUAAGGCUAGCAAGAAGUACAUUGACCUCGCAACUAGUAAGAAGGUUCGCAAGUCCGCCGAAACCUUCCUCACUUGGCUCGCCGAGGCUGAGAGUGACGACGAGGAUUCAGAGUAA